AGGAGAACAGAGCUGGAAAGCAGAACGAUGUCCAGUUGAGAAGAAGGCCUAAAUCCUACUGUCCUAUGGCCGGAAGGAAAAUGUCAGCUACGAAUAAUUUUCUCUCUAUUUGUAUAUUUGUGAUAACCUCAUGGAAUUUCACCCACUCAAGUGGACUUAUAGCAAAUUACUCAAAGGGCUUCCUGUUCACUGUUCCUAAACAUUUAUCAACACAAACAACAGUUCUGGAUCUAUCCAAUAACAGUAUAUCUACAUUGGAAAUCUCUGAUUUUCGUUCUCUUCCCAACUUACAAGUGCUAAUUCUGUCUCACAAUUCUAUCAGCAAAAUUGAUUUGGGGGUUUUCCAGCACAACAAAUUCUUAGAGCACCUGGAUCUGUCUCACAACAUGCUAAGGACUGUUUCUGGUUUUCCUGUUAAAAGCCUCAAGCAUCUAGAUCUCGCUUACAAUGACUUUACUGAUAUGCCGCUCUCCACCGAGUUCACCAAAAAAACAAAGCUGAACUAUUUGGGAAUUAGUACUAGAAAACUUUCAAGUGUCAACGUUCUUCUGCCUUUACAACUGGACACGCUGUUACUGGGCUUAGAAGAUCUUUAUGAAUACAGGCCAGGAAACCUCCUCGUGUUCAAUGCAAAGACGGUUCGGAUUGUGCUCCCUCAAAGAGCAGACUUUCGCAUCCUCUCAGAUCUACGAUUCAACGGUACAGAAAGUUUAGAACUUUCUAAGAUCCCAUUGGAGCAAAUGGGAGACUUAAGAACAUUUCUGACGCUGAAUGAAACAAGCACAUUGCUAAAUCUAACAAUAAUCAAUACAAAAUUCACUUGGAAAGACCUCAUUGACAGCUUCAAAGCAGUGGGGGAAUCCACUAUUAGUCACUUAACCAUUUUAUAUCCAACCAUUACUGAAUUCAAUGCUGGAUCUUUUAAAAAUGUGGAUCCCUCAUUAAAAAGUUUAACCAUCAAAUAUGGGCAACUUGAUACAGCAAAAUUUGACCAAAACAUUGUGUACUCAACUCUUUUCAACUUGAACAUUGACAGCUUGACUAUUUCUGAUACUGGUAUAUUAUAUAUAUAUUGUCCUGAAGCAGACAGUAGAUUUAAAUAUUUAAGUUUUAAAAACAACACAUUGACUGACACAAUGUUAAAAGGUUGCAAAAAUUUAACUAGUCUACAAACGUUCAUUUUACAAAAGAAUAGACUGGAAGAUCUUACCCAAGUGAGUUUAAUGACAACUAACAUGACCGCUCUGAAUUAUAUGGAUGUAAGUAAAAAUUAUCUGUAUUACAAAGACAGUGAAAACAAAUGCAACUGGGGUGAACAUAUAAUUAAACUGAAUUUGUCAUCCAACAAGUUAACAGACUCUGUUUUUAGAUGUUUACCGAACAAUAUCCAAAUGUUGGACUUACAAAGUAAUCAGAUUUCAGCUGUACCUAAAGAGAUCAUUGACCUGACUGCUUUAAAGGAGUUAAAUUUGGCUUCUAACAGACUCAAUGCUUUUCCUGGAUGUCGCCAUUUUAGAAACCUUCAGGUGCUUAACGUAGAAACUAAUUUUGUUCUUGACCAGUUUUCUGAAUUCUUCCAGACCUGUCAGAAUAUUCGAAGAUUAAAAGGAGGACAUAAUCCCUUUGGGUGCCACUGUGAAUUAAGGCAGCUCAUUCAUCUUCAAAAACAAGAAUCUGUGGCAUUGGAUGGUUGGCCUGAUGCUUAUAUGUGUGAAUACCCCAGCGACUUAAGGGGAACUCUCUUAAGAGAUUUCCAUAUUUCUGAACUUGAGUGCAAUGUGGCUCUCUUGAUUACAGUGAUUUUAGCGGUCGGUCUGUUCGUGAUAGCUGUCGUUGCUUUCUUCUGCGUCCGCUUCGAUGUUCCCUGGUAUUUGAAGAUGAUCUGUCGUUGGAGCCAGGUGAAACACCGGCUAUGGAAGAAUAAAUCGGAAGAGAUCCCCGAGAGCAUCCAAUACCACGCAUUUGUCUCCUACAGUGAGCACGAUGCUAACUGGGUCAAAAGUGAGCUCAUCCCCAAUCUGGAGAAGGAAGACGGGUCCUUAAAGAUCUGCCAACACGAGAGGAACUUCAUCGCAGGGAAGAGCAUUGUGGAGAACAUCAUCGACUGCAUCGAGAAAAGCUACAGGUCCAUCUUCGUACUAUCUCCCAAUUUUGUGCAGAGCGAGUGGUGCCAUUACGAGCUAUAUUUUGCUCAUCACAAGUUAUUCAGCGAAAACGCCAACGGUUUAAUUCUCAUUUUGUUGGAGUCCAUACCGGCCUACAUCAUUCCCGCCAGGUACUACAAACUCAAAGCUCUCAUGUCCAAAAGGACCUACUUGGAAUGGCCAAAAGACAAGAGGAAGCAUGCAUUUUUCUGGAUUAAUCUCAGAGCAGCUCUUCAGAUUAAACUGCCAAACUCUGAAGAAAUUGAAGAGCCCUAGGAACAGUGUGGAUGGAAAGGAAUCUGCUCUCAUAUCGACAAGAUCUGAUGGCUGUGGUUUUUAUGUUCCCUACUACUUUGUGAUUUGGGAGUGGCAUCUCCCAGCCUGAGCUGGUACACAAUCUGGACUCAUGGUUCCCACCUAGAGUGCAAGUGGCAGCCACGUCCAGAAGAAUCUUUGCAGAAAUAUAUCUUAUUUCCUUUCCUAGGUCGGGAAACACUGCAUCACUGGUAUUAGAAGUAUUAGUACCGCUUUAUAAAACCGUAGUAAGACCACACCUGGAAUAC